GAAUCUGCCGUCCUUCUUUUUGGAGAGUUUAUUGAAAAUCAAACGACGAAACGUUCAAAUAACCAGUUAGGGAUUCAUGAAAUUACAGGAUGAGUAUUAAUGUUUGUGGAAUCACAUCUUGCCUCUUGUCGUUUUUACUUUUGAGCACACACUGGAAGAAGCCAUGUCACACUUUUAGACCUGGUCGAAUGCGAUCUGCCUUCAAGAUGAAUUGUUGAUGCUUACACUGUUUAUAACCCUCUACAAAGUUGUCGAACGAUGCAAUGCACACUCUCUGAUAACAAUAUCCAUAGCCUUAGUCUGGCAUAAAGAGUUAAAAAAUCGGUCCUGAUAGUCAAAGUUUUAUACUCACAUUAUUUCAAAUACCUUUUAAAAAAACGCGGAAACGGCGCAGUCAUCGGGAAUUUCAGAUGAUCGGAAGGGGGUGUUGAACAAUACACCGACAGGACCCCCAACAAAAACUAGCAAGGUCAACACUACUUUCAACACACAUCUUUUUUGAGUCCACGCAUUUUCCAAUAUCGAGAACCAAAAUAUGCCGUCGGAGCGCAUCUAUCUAAAGUCUCGUCAAGCGCGGGAGGCAAACGCAUUCAACGAUCCCAUCCUAUCAUCAACAACAAAAGCAUCUUACAAACCCCUAGAUGUUAAAACCCUCGCCAAAGAAGAACGUCAAGAAUAUCAAAAAAACAAGGGACGAGCUCGUGUUGCUGGUGAAUGGUGGGGACAACAAAUCGAAAAGGAUGCAACAAAAACCAACUAUCAUGACAGUUACAAACAACACAACUACGCCGAAUGGUUGAAAUCCGUCGCAACGCUUCCAGUCGCAGGUAACAAGAGCGGAACGGGUAACGCAACAAAGAAUAGCGCUACGGAAAAGGUACAAACACCGGCACCAUCCGAACAAACCGACCCCCUCUCGGUAUGGUUUCAACACCGUGUAAAGAAACCUGUUAAAGAGGAUCCUGGGAAAGCAUUUGAUAUUCUUACAGGAACGCCUCUCAACAGCAUCGCAUCAGACCGCCGUGCAAAUCGUAUAUCAUUCGAUAAAAUCAAUGCAAAACAAGCGAGAGAUAGAAACUAUGAUAUCAUUUCGAAUCAAAUCUAUGUUCCUGUGCAACUCGAUGAAGAAUCUGCCGCCUGAGACUCGAUUGCAAUGGGUGAAUACCUUAUCAAAGUGGGGUCAUGAUGGUGCAAUAGAGAUGAACGGAACGAGUGCAUGGAGGAGUUGCCAUAUUGUUCACGUUUGUCAUCUUUGGAGUUAGAAAUGAUAAAGAAAAGUCAUAACCAAACCCCCAACACCCG